GCUGAGGUUUUGAAUUCUAAAAUUGUAAACACCAUUUACGACUUCAGUCUGAUGGCCAGUGUUGGCUUCAUGGUGUGUGUCGCCCUGGAAAGGUAUUUGGUCGUCGCCUGGCCACUGUGGUACCGCUUCAGACGAACCAUCAAGACCUCUGUGGUGGUCUGUGUCGUGGUCUGGGUCUUUCCUCUUGUCUUUGUCCUCAUUUCAUAUUUCUCCUCUGUCUUUUGGGUCACUAUAACUGUCUAUGUUAUCUUCUAUCUCCUUCCCUUCCCACUGCUCAUAUUCUUCCUGGGUGGGACCCUCAAAGCUCUGUCUGCCAGCACUGUCCCCUCUGAUGAAAAACGAAGAAUUGUGGGAGUUUUGGUUCUGGUGCUGCUUAUUUACACACUGCUGUUCAUGCCCAGUGUCAUCUGGUUACUGUCAGAGGAAGCAAAAAAGAACUUAACCUUUAAAAUCCUGCCUCUCAUCUUUCUCUGGUUGAGUCCUCUUGCAGACUUAUUUCUGUACGUGUUCAUGAGGAAAGGGAUCAUAGACAAGCUUUUGGCCUCUGUGUGUUGUUGCAGAAUGGACAGCAAUGAUAUCAGCAGAUCAUCAGGAAAUGAUGACAACAUUCACACAGUCAGCUCUGUGUAGGCAGAGAAAGAGGGAGAGAGAGAAAGGAGAGAAAACAGAAGGAGAAAUGUAGGCAAAUAGAAAGAAUAGAGACAAGACAGAUACUGUCAUCUACUGAUACGAUUUCCAAUCAGACACCUAACUGUAGAUAAAAGGAAGCAUUGCUUUGACUCUGCUGUGGGAGAACUGGUUGCUGGGAAAUGUUUUGGUCAACUUGUUCUGGUUCACUGUGAAGGCUUCAACACAUGUAAAUAAAAUAUGUUUCUUAUUAUUUUGUCAGCUGUAAGUUGAUGUCUAUCAUUAUUAUCUUUAUGUUUUGAUGAACUGAGCUCAUUAUAGCCACCAAAAUCUUUAUUCUGACUGUUGUCUGUUUCUUUAACAGGGAGAGCAUCUUAACAAGUCUUUAGGACUUUUUUCUUCUUUGGUCUCUCUUUAAAUUUCAUUUCUUGUUCAGUUUUUCUCAGUUAUAUCUAACGUACAUCUAUCCAAAACUGCUUUUGUUUUUGCUGCAUAUUAUUUGUUCAUCUUUAUUUCAUAUUUUUGCUGUUUUAGUGGUUGGCAUGUUAGUUUUUAGGAUGUGACUCAGAGCAUGUAUUUGAACAGUUCUUGUGUGUUUUCAAUAAACACUUUCUACUGAU